AUGGGCAUGAAAAUGUAUGGCCCUCCAGCGCCAAUAGACCCCUCAUACAUACCAUCCACAUCCAUCGCAACAUUACCCGCGACCGCGCCCAUCGAAGAGAUCCUCAGCAUCAUCGAGCGCGACGGCGGCCUGAUCCUAACGGACUUCGCCACCCCGGCCCAGCUUUCCGCCAUCGACGACGAGGUAGAGGCCUACAGAUUGCUCACCAGAACCACGGAAAAGAGCGCGCUCGCGAUCAUCCCGAAGGAAACACUCGCAAUCCCGGGGCUCGUAGGCAAAUCUGCUACACUCGCCCAAAUCUGCGAAUCGUCGCCAGUCCUGGAGGACUUGCGAACGCAUAUCCUGCAGGACAAGUACACCGUGAUCCGCGAGGAGGUGAUCGAGGAGCACACGAUCGACCCGCUGUUGAGCAUCAGCCUGACCUUCCACAUUGGGCCGGGCGCGCCGCGCCAGACGCUGCAUCGCGACGACAAUGUGCACGGGAUCAAGCACAGCGGGCCGACGGCGUUUGAGCUGCACAAGGCCAGCCAGUUCGCGUGCUUGAUCGCGGCGUCGAGGACGACGCGCGAGAACGGCGCCACCAUGUUUAUCCCGGGCUCGCACAAGUGGGAUGACACGCGGAGGCCGCGGACUGACGAGCUCUGCUUUGCUGAAAUGCAGCCCGGCUCAGCGCUGAUCUUCCUGGCCUCGUGCUAUCACGGCGGCGGGCACAAUUCCACCGCAAGCGAAGUGCGCAAGGUCCACGGCCUCUUCUUCGUCCGCGGCACCUUGCGCACCGAGGAGAAUCAGUUCCUCGCCAUUCCGCGGAGCAAGGUCUUGACCAUGAGUGAUAAGAUGCUUUCGCUUCUCGGCUAUAAGAAACCUACGUCGGUGCUGGGCAUCGUCGAGAAUGAGGAUCCCGCGUUGAACCUGGGAUCGGUGCUGGAGAAGGCGGGUCAAUGA